ACUACAGCUCCCGGCAUCCCCCGCGCGGCCAUGGCGGAGGAGGAGGGGGAGAGGAAAGCGGUGUUGGAGACGGUCCAGGCAGAUGGGACAGAUGGGAGCUGUGUCACCUUCGUGCUGCACCGAUGAGGACCACACGUUGGGCAACUCCUGCGGUACAUGGUGGAUGAAGAACCCUGAUGUGGAGUUCUGUGGUUACUGCAUCACACACCCCUCUGAGAGCAAGAUCAACUUCAGAAUCCAGAGCAGAGGGACCCUUCCUGCUGUGGAGCCCUUCAGGAAGGGGCUGAGUGACCUGAUGGGUGUUUGCCAGCACGUGCUCAGCACCUUUGAGCAGAGCAUGAAGGAGUUCAGGGCCCGGCAGGAGGAGGAGAUGCAGUAGCAGUCCCCAGGGAUGUGCUCUCCUCUCCCUCUUCCCUCUUCCCUCUUCCCUCUUCCCUCUUCCCUCUUCCCUCUUCCCUCUUCCCUCUUCCCUCUUCC